ACUCCGCCUCUUCCUCUGACGUCAUGCCUGCCAGGAGCAACUCAUUCUAGUCAGUACACUCUGCGCGGAUUGCUGAUACUCCGGUGCAGCCGCCGAGGCGCGCUGUGGUUGGGCUUGACGUUCUCAUCUCCGGUGCAUGACAGAGGAGCUUCACACGCUUCAACCAUGAUGGUGCUAAUGCACCAAGACAGCUAUCACAUCCUGGUGGGGCAGAGAUUCGCCUGUGUGAUGGGCAGCGACUGCCAGCUGGACGUCGAGCAGAUCGAGGACUGGCCAUGGAGAAACGGCAUCAUCCGCGCCGCGUCCCACAAAGAAUUCAGCUGCCCCGAUUUAAAGGUUUGCGUGGAGUUUGAAGAUGAGCCCUGGGAGAAGAGGAUGUGGAUCGAGGUGUACAGCUCACAAGUCCAGAUGUUUCUGGUGGAGCACAACUUGGCAAUUGCUGACCGAAAAUGUCCCAGUAACCCUUCUGUGUCUGUGGUGUGCCCGGCAAUGCAAUAUAAAGUAUUGGCAAGCAAGAUAUCCAUAGAUCCCAUGACGUGCCUACAGUUUCUUGGAGACAGACACAAAGUUUUCAUGAAUCAGGAUGCCGUGAAGGUUUUAGGGGAUCGGGACAGCUUGAAACAGUUUAUGCAGGGAAACCGAACAUUUAACAAGGCCUUACAGGAGCUCAUAAGAAAGAGUGUGGAUGAAAGUCGUGUACUGCAAGGUGCUAAGAACUUAGUUGGCUCAUCUAUAAGAGUGUAUAGUAUGACUGAAGGCUAUCAGUGGUUUGACGCCUCAGUGGUGAAUUCAAGCAGCAAUACCCGGAUGCUGGAGAUUAAAUGUAAACAGGAUCCCAGUCUAAAGAUUAUUGAUCCAGCACUGAUACACGUUCAGCUUGUACAUAACUAUGUCGAUAAAGUGGCCGUCGAAAAACCUCUGAAAAGGAAGCGUGAAGGAAGGACGGGGAAAACUAAGGCAAAGCAGAACAAAGAAGUGCAGGCAUCUGCUAAGGGAUCUGUUAAGAAGCCAAGCUUCAUUACCUACUCCAGAGAUGAUGGGAAGACCUUGGUCGUGGUGGACAACCCCAAGCCCUCAGGGAACCCUCUUUUGAAUUUAAUAAAAACGCCACAGGAAAGUGAAAAAGUUUACCAAACAACUACACCUAGCCUGGCAUCCAAGCAGUCUGUACCGGUUGGGUUUGGAGAAGCAUUGCUAGGAUGUACCGCCACUACGCCUUCCAGUCAAAACCAGACCUCUUGUGCAACUCCACCACAAGCAAAUUCUCCUCCAAGCUUUGGUGCUGCAACACCUCCAGGGAAGUGUUCUCAAAACUUGCCAAGUGAAACAUCCUCCAUGCUGAACAGUGAUGGAAAAGGGGAGGAGCAAAACUUGUUUCUCAGCGCCACAAUGUCGCAAGGAAAGGGUCUAGGAUUUGGCCUGACAGAUCAGUCCAGCCCUUUCGAAUCAGCCUUUUCAUCCUGGGCCAAUGGCGGCAACGGACAGAAAUCCGAAAACUUCUUUGCUGCCUUAACAAAACCCUCAACUGUGUUUCCGAAGGGCUUUGAGUUUUCUGUGGAACGACUUCCUGAGAAGAACACCUUGACGGUGAAAGACUCUCCGCGGCCGGGAAGUUUUGAGCCAUGUAAAAACUUAACGCGGCAGCCGCCGAGUGUGUUUGGUGCAACGACCGAGACCAAACCUGCGGGUGAUUUACCACCCGUGAAAACUGAAUUAAACUCUAAGCCACCAAACAUAAUUUCUGUUCCAAAACCCAACAAAAUAGAAGUUGCUCCCCACAAGAGUCCCAUUAAAAAUGAUGGGGUCACAUAUCCCAGAUCUGUAUUGUUGGACUCACAGAAGCUAAAGAGGCUCCAGGCAAGUGGUGAUUGCUUUGUGCAGGACGGCUCUUGCAAUGACAUUGCUCCCCAUUUGCACAAGUGUCGAGAAUGCCGUCUGGACCGAUUUGGACGCAGCAAAGAACAGCGAGAUGCUGCAGUUUUCUGCCGCUUCUUUCACUUCCGGAGGUUAUUCUUCAAUAAGCAUGGAUUACUGCGGGAAGGUGGCUUCCUGACUCCUAAUAAGUACGAUGCUGAAGCAAUAAACUUGUGGCUUCCUUUAGUGAGCAGAGUUGUGGAUUUGGACCUUGACACCGCAAAGUACAUUCUGGCGAACAUAGGAGACCAGUUUUGUAAGCUUAUCUUGUCCGAAAAGGAUGUUAUGGCUUCUGUAGAUCCACAAAAACAAGUGGCCUGGAAACGUGCAGUACGUGGCGUGCGGGAAAUGUGUGAUGUCUGUGACACAACCAUCUUCAAUCUCCAUUGGGUUUGUCCUAAAUGUGGCUUUGGCGUGUGUGUAGACUGUCACCGAAUGAAAAAGAAGAGUAUGAGCAGCGGUAAUGAUGGAGCAGACGUAUUCUCUUGGCUGAAGUGCGUUAAAGGGCAGUUACAUGAGCCUGACAAUCUCAUGCCAACUCAGAUCGUCCCGGGAAAAGCUCUGUAUGAUGUCGGGGAUGUUGUCCACUCUGUAAGGGGGAAGUGGGGAAUAAAGUCAAAUUGUCUAUGUUCCAACAAACACCAAAAGCCUUUACCUAGACCGGUUGUGAAGGAAGAGCCAAAACAGACUUCUUCUAGCUCUGAAUCCACAAACGGAUCUCCGCAGCCGAGCAAUUUACCUGCACAGGAUCCAUUGAUGGCUAAUAGCAAAACGCCUUCAUCUUCCCUCCCUGGGCCUUUGAGUUGGCUAACCAAUCUUCCCAACACAAAUGUGAAGAAGGAAAACAAAGAUAACCUCUUCACAUCUGCACUGAAAACGGAAAACAAAGCACUACCCUCUUUUGCUAGUUUCGGAAAGCCAGCUUCCGCGUUGCAGCCAUUCAGUAGCUCAAUUCUUUCUCCUAUGAGCAGUAACAGUUCUGGAUUCUUAAGGAACCUCCUGAAUUCUUCAACUUUGAAGCCUGAGGGUGGUGGUGAGAAGAGCACACCUAAACUGCUCGAUGACAUAUUUGCAUCUUUGGUUCAAACCAAGCCUAUGACUGACCCAGUCAAGAGGCCACAAGGCCUUGCUGUUCAGCCCAGUCUGAUGGGAUUCAAUACCCCGCACUACUGGCUCUGUGACAAUAGGUUGCUUUGUCUGCAAGAUCCCACCAAUAAGAGCAACUGGAACGUCUUCCGUGAAUGUUGGAAACAAGGACAGCCUGUCAUGGUAUCUGGAGUGCACCAUAAAUUGAAUUCUGACCUGUGGAGACCCGAAUCCUUCAGGGAUGAGUUUGGGGAGCAAGAAGUUGACUUGGUGAACUGUAGGACGAACGAUAUCAUCACAGGAGCCACUGUUGGAGACUUCUGGGACGGCUUUGAACAUAUAUCAAGAGAGUGCGCGGUCAGAAGCAGCCCAGCCAGCCUACUGAGAAUCCGGAUUUCCUUCUGGACAACACUCUAUCCUACAGUGCCAUGGAGGAUGAGAGUGCCCAGCGCGCUGAACCGCAGGAGGGUCAUGAGAUCAGACCGGUACUCCUGGUGGGGUAAGGGGGAUCAUUCCCCAUCCUUUUUUAUUGGUCAUGCUAAGCGUUCUUUCUUUGUCUUGAUUUUUAGACAAUAAAAGAGGGGCCUAGAAAAAAGCGGUCUCAAAGACCAGAGGGAAAGAAUGUGCUGUGUGUAAAAAGCUUGCGCCCUCUUGGCCAAAAUUAUAUCAACAUUGUGUUGAAAAAGUAGUGGAAGAAGAGUCCCCAUCCCUACUUCAGAAUAUUAGAGAUGGUGAAGUCGGAAGUUUCUGAUUCCUUGAAAGUUUUCAAAAAGAGCCUCCCUUCCGUAAUCUCGGGCAGACUAGGCAUGGCUAAUAAAACGUCAGAUUCGGAUUCAUCGGAAGAAAGUGAGCUAGGGUAGAUCCUAGAUAGUUCAGACUCGUCGCAGGAUGAAGAAUCCACCGGCAGGCCACUUUUUUCCCCUGAUGAUACGGAAGCUUUAUUAAAAGCAAUCCGUGCUACGAUGGGACUCGGGGUUAAAAAGACCCGUGUGUUUCCAAUUAAUGAGAACAUACGAGAUAUGGUGCUUGACGAAUGGUCCAACCCAGAGAAGCGUUUGGGGGUGUCCAGGUCCUUUAAGAACCGUCUGUUAUUUGACACUAACGAAGGGAAAAUUUUCAACGAAACACCAAAGGUUGACAUUCAAGUUGCAAAAGUCAAUAAAAAGACUGCCUUGCCCUUUGAAGACACCUCUCAGUUGCGGGACCCCAUGGAUAGGCAGGCAGAUAGCCUUUUAAAAAAAAUCAUGGGAAGCGGCCAUGUUUAAUUUGAAAGCAAACAUCGCAGCCACCUCGGUAGCAAGGUCGAUGGGGGUGUGGCUAAAUGAGCUAGAAGCUCACAUUAGAGAUAAUACUCCUAGGGAAGAAAUCUUGAGGUCCCUCCCUUUAUUAAAGUCCGCCACAGCAUUUAUGGCAGAUGCCUUGGCAGAAUCUGUCAGAUUUGCUGCUAAAGACGCCGGUCUCUCCAAUGCGGCCCGCCGGGCUCUGUGGAUGAAGAGCUGGUCAGGCGACAACACGUCAAAAAUGAAAUUAUGCUCCAUCCCAUUCUCAGGGGAGUACGUCUUUGGCCCUGUCCUGGACCGUAUUUUAGCAAAGGCUGUGGACAAGAAAAAGGGCUUCCCAGAGGAGAGACCCUAUAAAAGGAAAUAUCCCUUUCGGGCCCCACUAGCCAGAACAAAUCCUUUAGGGAUAAAGUGAAGUCAGGACGCUGGAGCUAUCCGAAAGGGGGCAGGGGUAGAAAUAACCCCUCUUCUUCCCAAAAUAAGUCCUCGGAUAAACAAUGACGCCAAAGUCGGGGGGAGAUUGAAGAAUUUUCUGACUCCCUGGGAGUCCAUUACCCCGAACCCUUGGGUCCGGGACAUCAUAAAGUUCGGAUACCGAAUCGAACUUUCUUCAUCUCCCCCAAACUGCUUCAUUGUUACCAAUCCAAACUCCUUCAACAUACGCAAGAAGAUUCUGCAAGGAAUUCAAAGCCUUCUGGCGAUGGAUGUGAUAGUACGGGUCCCAUCAACACAGCUAGGACAGGGGUUCUAUUCGAAUCUUUUCCUGGUAGAGAAAAAAGAAGGCUCAUUCCGUACGAUUAUAAACCUAAAAGCCCUAAACAAGUUCAUAAUUUAGGGAUUCCAUCCUGAAUUUCCGAUAAAGUCCCUGAUUCCUUUAAUAGGGAAAAAUGCCCUGAUGUGUUCAGUAGAUCUUCAGGACGCUUACUACCAUGUCCCAAUUCUUCCAGAGUCCCAGAAGUUCUUGAGAUUUGCCAUCCAAGACCACAUGGGGGUAACCCAUCACUUCCAGUUUACGGCCUUUCCCUUUGGGAUAUCAUCUGCGCCCAGAGUCUUCACGAAACUGGUGGUCGAAAUGGUGGCCUUCCUGAGGCGCAAGGGAUUGGUGAUUAUACCAUACCUGGACGAUUUCCUCCUGAUUGGGAAUUCAGAGAGCAAACUCAGAACAGACUUCCUAACCUUCCUGUCUCUCAUCCAAGAUCUAGGGUGGUUGGUGAACCAGAAAAAAAAUCAAAUCUUGUUCCGUCCAGCACUAUACAGUUUUUGGGUGUCGUCCUGGAUUCCCGGGCUCAACAUACCUUUCUCCCCCCAGACAAGGUCAAAAACCUCCAAUUGAAGGUUCGACGGUUUCAGAACAGAAGGUCCUGUCUCAUAAGGGAAGCUAUGAGUCUCCUGGGUCUUCUCUCAUCCUGCAUUCUGUCCGUCCCAUGGAGCCAGUCCCACUUCCGAUCCCUGCAGUUAUGGAUCCUCAGAUCUUGGAACAAGCAACAGUCCUCCUUGGAUCACAAAGUUCUGAUCCCUCUAGCGGUGAAGACCUCCCUAGACUGGUGGAAAAGCACAAGCAAUCUGUCCUCGGGGGUCGCCUGAGAGAAAACUCCCUACAUUUAAGUGCUUACAGAUGCAAGCGAAAAAGGAUGGGGAGCGAAAGUGGGAGAUCACUUCUUUCAGGGUUCCUGGAUUCCCACAACCCGCUCUCAAUCGUCCAACUUCAGAGAGCUAGAAGCGGUCUGGAAAGCUCUGAAAGCUGCAGAAAUCCUUCUCGUAGGUCGUCACGUAAAGAUUCUUUCAGACAAUACGACAACGGUAGUAUACCUCUCUCACCAGGGAGGCACAAGAUCGGAGAAGCUGAUGUCCGUCGCGAGGAGAAUCUUCAAUUGGGCAGAGUCCCACGUGAGAUCCAUCUCUGCUAUUUCACUUGAAAGGGGUACUGAAUGUGGAAGCAGACUAUCUGUCGCCAGUUAAUAGACCAUACCGAAUGGUCUCUAAAUCAGGACGUGUUUCAGGUUCUGCUAGAAAGAUGGGGCUCUCCACAAGUGGACCUGUUCGCCUCCAAGAAAAACGCAAAGGUACCAACAUUCUGUUCAUUGAACCCAUGGGACAAUCCUUGAGCGCUGGAUGCGCUCACGAUUCGUUGGGAAUGGGACCUCUGUUAUGCGUUUCCACCCUUGCCUCUGCUUCCCAGGAUAAUUCAAAAACUCAACCUAGAGAACACAACUCUAGUUUUAAUAGCUCCGGCCAAAAAGGAGCUGGUUACCUUCCUUAAAAAACCUAUCAAUAGAGGACCCAUGGCCUCUUCCUUCCAGGUGGGACCUGCUUCAUCAAGGGCCAAUUCUACAUCCAAACCCGAGCUUCCUCAAGUUAUCAGCUUGGAUCCUGAGGUCCAGAGGUUAAAGUCACAAGGGCUUUCUGACCAGGUGAUAUCUACCUUGAAAGCGAGUAGGAAGAAGGUUACCUUCUCGAUCUAUUUAAAGAUUUGGAAGAGAUUCUGUUCCUUGAUCGGUAACCCUGCCCCAAACUUAGAGCCGCCCAAUUUUCAGAAAAUCUUGGACUUCCUCCAGCAGGGACUUGAAUUAGGUCUUAGACCUUCCACCUUGAAGGUACAGGUCUCGGCCCUAACUUGUUUUUUUGAUCAAGAUCUAGCCAAUCAUCGCUGGAUCAGAAGAUUUAUGAAAGCAGCUUCUCGCCUACGCCCCUCUCUAAAAUCCCGGAUCCCCAACUGGGACCUCAAUACGGUGCAACACUUGCCCCGUUUGAGCCCCUGUCAAGUUGUUCCACAAAACAUCUAUCUCUAAAAACCGCGUUCCUGGUGGCCAUCACGUCCACAAGAAGGCUAGGCGAGAUUCAAGCUCUGUCGAUACAAGAACCCUAUCUCCGUAUCACCGAUGAUAGAAUUAUUCUUAAGUUAGAUCCAGGUUUUCUACCUAAAGUAGUAUCGGAUUUCCACCGUAACCAGGAGAUAGUUUUACCUUCCUUUUGCAGUAAUGCCUCUAAUGAUGGGGAAUCUAGCUUCCACUCACUAGAUGUAAGACGCUCAGUCUUACGGUACCUUGAAGUGUCAAAAGGGUUCCGUAGAUCCAACAACCUGUUUGUCUUAUUCUCAGGUAAGAAUAAGGGUCUAAAAACUUCCAGGUCCUCCUUAGCACGGUGGAUUAAGGAUUCCAUUUCCUAUGAGUCCCAAGGCCUUCCUUGCCCCUCAAAUUUAAGAGCUCACUCUACCCGAGCUAUGUCCUCCUCCCAGGCCGAACGGGCCGGAGCUUCUCUUGAGGAUAUCUGUGAAGCUGCUACUUGGUCUAACAUUCACACCUUUACAAGACACUAUAGGCUAGACCUAUCUAGUUCAGACUUGUCUUUUGGAC